AUGUCUAUAACAUGUCAUUAUAUUGAUCAAAGUUGGGGUUUAAAUAAUCGACUUUUACACACUGGCAAAUAUCCAACACAAGAGUCAAAAACUGGUGUUAAUAUAAAAAAAUGUAUGAGUAAUUUUUUUACUAAGCUAUCAGAAGAUGCCGAUGAGAAUUAUGGUUCAGAUUUAAUGGAGUACAUUACAUUUGUCACUGAUCAAGGAACGAACAUGAUAAGUGCUCUAAGAAAUUAUAAUCGAUUAAAUUGCAGUGCACACUUAUUAAAUUCUGUGUUAAGAAAUGUUUUUGAUUUAAAAUUUUUAUCACAAGAAGAUAACAAUGGAUCAAAGCCCUUGGAGCCAAUAAUAAUCUUAAUGACAGAGUGUAAAAUGUAUGAAAAGUUCAGUAAAGAAUAA